AUGCAAGAACAAUCGUACGAUCCGUACGAGGAUCGGAUUCCAGAGUUUGACGAUGAAGAAAACCCGCCCACCAGGAAUCGUAGAAGACGAAGACGAGAACAAGCUGCGGAAGAGAACCCUCAUCGAUUGUUCUAUGAUCCCGACAGGAUUUCGUCUGCGGCAAUGGACGACGGCGUUCACAACAUUCCCGGAUCACCCUGGGCCAAACCAGCGGUACGACCCAGCAGUCGACCGAAAGAGACUCUGCCAAUUGCCAAGUUUGUAGCGACAUGCGCUGUGAUACUGUCCAUUCUAUGGAUUACUGCCAUUAUUCUAUUUGCGGUCUGGAACUUUGAUAACUUGGGACGAAUGAUUGGGGAAAUCGUCCUUGGUGUGACCUGCUUCUUUGGACUGUUUUGGAAUUCCUACUACACGACAACCUCCAUCUUCAAGUGCUUGGUUCCAGGCAAGGCCUUUCUAACAAACACCAAGUACUCAUCUGUCAUUCCGGAAGAAAAGUCACCCUUUGACAAGUGGCUGACGGUCACUAUUCAAAUUCCAGUCUUCAAGGAACCGGUGCAUCAUGUGAUCCUACCCACAUUGGAAAGCUGCAUCAAGGCGAGGGAUCACUACAUUCGAUCGACCGGAACCGAAUGCAAUAUUGUGGUGUGUGAUGAUGGCAUGAUGGUAUUUCUAAAGAAUAACUUUGCGGCGGCCGAAAUGUUGUGGGAGACCAUUGUCAAGAGCAAAGGAAGAGUACUCAAACUGAGUCGGCUGCUCCGAACCGUCCCACGACCAUCACGGAUGCAUCUCAAGGGGUUGCAGAGCAAAUCUGUCUAUGAGGUCUUUCAUCGUAUGUUGUUCUAUUAUCACUUUCGGAUUGGAUUCGUGGCACGGUCUACUUGGGAUCGACCGGGCAAGGCCAAACGAGCUUCCAACUUGAAUUCACACAUGCGGUUGGUCUGGGGUGCCAAACAACAAGAGGGCAUGCCCUAUCCACAAGCCUUGCAUCAAAUGUCACACAAUUCGGAUGGAUCUCGAUUCGUCAUGUUUGGAAAUGAUAUUAGCAUUGGACAACUAUUGGUCAUUACCGAGGCCAAUUCACGAAUGGCCGAAAAAGUCAUUACCAAGACUGUUCCAGAAUUCUUGAACGAUUCUGGUUUGGGAUUCACGCAACAUGCGACGAAGACGCUUGACGAUCAGCGUGGCGAGUCGUACUUUGUGAAUUUGAUCUCUGCCUAUACGGAUGCCCAAUCCCAAGGUCACGACUUGCUGAGUUCCAUCUUGGGAUGUCACCCGCCUCUGGUGGGACAGUCCGUCUUUUUGCGCAGUGAGGCAGUCCGGCAAUGCGGCCGUGUCCGAACCUUGCGCAAGGCGCAACAAUGGUUGCAAAAUAUUGGAAUACCAUUCUUGUCGGUGGAUCAAGUGGGACUACGAAACUUGCAGGAUCAUAGCUUUACGGAAUAUUGGUCCGAGAAUCAUGUACUGGAAGAUUUUGAAUUAAUGAUUCAUUUGUACAAUCUUGGAUUCGAUGGUCGAUACGUCACCUAUCCCGGGUGUGAGUUUGAAAGGGGAGUCUCGAGGACAUUUGACGAAGAGGCUAGCAAACAACGAAAACUCUCAUGGGGUGCACACGAAAUCAUGUUCAACCCAUUGAAUACUUGGCUGGUUCGUGGACCCUUUUCUCCCGUCUUUGUCACCAUGUUCAAGUCGAAGGCGAUUCCUUCCACGUACAAGAUUUUCUUGGCGUCGCACUUGCUGUCGUAUUCGAGCGGGGGAAUCUAUCUCUUUGUCUUUUCGGUCGCUGCUGUCACUCGAAUAUUGGAUACGGAAAUCUCGGAAGAAAGUAUUUGGUUUGCCUUUAACAGUGCAGGAGUCUUGGCGUUGACCCAUGUGCUCUCGUACAUGAUCAGUUCCUUCAUGCUCUUGAUCGCUCUGAUUCGUAUUCGAUUCAUCAAUAAGCGCAUCAUGUUUACAAAGUACAACAAAGGGGGACUAUGCUACUUGCUGUGGAAGCAACUGCGGUAUUCCAUGCUGUAUCAAUGGAUGUUUUACUCGUGCAUGGCUACGUACUACUUUUUGGGAGGCAUGGACCAUUUGUUUUCUCGAGACGGUUUUGCCAAUCCUGGAGCCUAUUCGCAGAGCAGGAAUUGUCUAGUCCGAAAGUUCACAUCCAUCAAGAAUGCGAUUGUCUUCAACUCUGGUAGCUGGUUGAUUGGAUUCUACUUGCUUUGGUUGAUUUAUGCAGUGAUUUUGGAGCAGGAAGAUUGGGACUGGAACUUUGAUACCGUCCCCGAAGAUUGGAUACCUCUGACCAUCUUUGCCGGUCCUGCGGCCGUCAUGGCUUUGUUAAUCGGCUUUGUCCCGCUCCUUUUGAAUCCAUAUGUCAUUGGGUGGCCAUUCCACCCGCCCUUGUGCCGAAGCCGGAACCGACUUCGAAAACUAGAAGAGAAACGGCAAGUUGCUCUUUCCUCUCCACAAAGUCAAAGCACCAGCUCCACCGCCAAAUCUUCUCCAGAGUCCAAAGUAUCGAGUCGAUUACUGCAACGAAAGAUGCGAAUGCACAACAAUCCGGACGUCGAGUCCGGUAGCGUGGCCACUUUCAGCAGCAACUGGGUAAAGUCGCCGCAAGCUCAACCGCAAAAAAUACGAAAGGUGCCACCAAAGGAACAGAAGCAACAGCCUUUUGGGUAA